CAAAUAUUAGCUCUUAACAGUUGCUUACAUCGCUGGUCGAUUCAAUUUUUACGAAAAUGUUCAAGGCAGAUUAUAAAAAACUUGAGUCUAAAUUUGAGGGGCACAAAAAAGUCAUAGCUGAUCGCUCUAGGAAUUGGGGUAAAAAGAAGUUUUCGCCGAAUGCAUUUGCUAACAGAGAACCACCGCCUGUCCAAGAAACGGCCCAGCCAUGGAAGCAUGUGAAGAAUGAUAUUUUGGAUGAUGAGCAGGAACAACGCAGCUCCGAUCGCUUUGACAUGAAAAGCCAGCAGGCCAAGGACAUCCUGAAGCAACGCGAACAAAACCAUCGGCGAAAUGUGAUCGAAGCCGGCCGCACGCAAAAGACCACCUGGGAAACAUUUGAGGAUGACAAAGCUACAUCCACAUCAAAGACGAAGAAUAGUAAAGGAGACCACAAAAAUAAGCCGAAGAAAGGGAUGAAAAUAGAUCCUGAUAAUAUGACUUUUAAGGAACGCAAUUUCAUACGUAGAAAGUUGACAAGGGCAGUUAUGGAAAAACGGUUGGGAACACUGGAUUCUGCAAUAUUGGACAUAAAACGAAACCACGCACGUCCGAAGAGCAAUUGGAUACCGAAAGAUCCAAAACAACCCGUUAAUAAGAACAAUAAGUUCAGAAACACCCAAAACAAUUAAUGCAGUUUUUUGCUUUUUUUGUGGGACAAAUCAGAAAUGUAUACACAACAUAAGUACUACACACUUUAUGUAAAAAUCAUCUUAGAAUUAGAAGGAGUAUAUGUGAAUGGGUCUGCAAAAUAAAUAUGUAAACUAAACAGUAUGAGACGCAUGCUCCAAAUGCAAUCAUCUCGACUCAACCAUUUGCAUUGGCCAAUUUCGCAAUUAGCUGAUUGUAUUUACUGUUGCCAGUAAUGCUCUUUUUGGAGUUGCGCGCCUGUUCCGGCGUAUGUUCUAGAAAAUAAAUGACAAUAAAUUCGA